AGAUCGUACGGCGAAGAUCCCUCUCGAAUUCUCGAUUCCCGGGAAGUAGACAAACUGUAUCAUUGCGUGGUGCAUCCCGCGCAGCUAAGAGCAGAUUUACAAUUGUAAAAUUUUUAACGAUUUGUUUUUGCCCCCCUCAGUUCCUCGCUAAAUGUAGGAACCAAUCAUAUUAAGGAAUCACAGUCGCGAGGUUACUUUUUAUACUGCACGCAGUGUCAUCACACAUCAGUUCUUGAGUUCUCCCCCGCCGUACCGUUUCGUACCCACUUGUGGCACUUCAGGCAUUUGUCCUUGUUGAUUUUUCUUCGAACAGCUCGGCUUGCUUGGGCAGCAACGUGAAAUCUGAAACCGAAAGGGGGGCCUACGUGUCGACUAUCGUCAGCGGCAGGAAGACUGUCUCUUGCAGACGGACUAAUCCAGAGUAAUCGUAGAAGGACGAUCGGCGAAACAACGUGAGAAAGAAUUUUGAUUGCGUUGCUGCGACACUGGCGAGUUAAAAUUCCGUUUCGAAGAAAAAAAGAGGAGAGAAAGAAAAAGUAGAUACAGUGUAUACAUAAAGCAGUAUCUCGACGAGAUUUCUUUUAUUUUUCCUAGGUUGUGAGAAACUGGAUUCUAGAAAUGGCAGAGGCAGACCUCCUAGUUUCCUGCCCUUACAAUCCUGCGCAUCGCAUUAAGAAAUCUAAGCUUAUGAAUCACAUAGUGAAGUGCAAGAAAUACAGUAAAACUGAAAAUUUGGAGGAAUGCCCAUUGGACAGGAGCCAUGUUGUAAAUCGCGAGUGUCUCAGAGAGCACAUUGCACAUUGUACCGGUAAGGUGAAAUUGGUGGAUACGAAUACUGAAAUUUUUAAACCAAAGGCAAACGAGCCUUCUAUGAUCGUAAACUCGUACUCAACUGAAAAUUGGGACGAGGAGCCUGAAGCUACGCCUUACAAUCCAAUGGAAGUUUCGGCGAACAAGCCGGUGAUUCGAUGCGUGUCUGGAUUGUCAAAGUCGGAGAGGAAAAAGUUUAGGGAGAACGAACGAAUGCGCAUAGCGAAUCUCAAAGGAUAUCAUAGCAUCAGCGCGGCCUCGUCCUCCAUGACGAAAGACACGGCUCAGGAGGCACCGUUACGUCCUCCUCGUGACGCUACCUUGUCCGGAAGAUUCUGCCAAGGCGGUUUUGUUGAGAAUACGCAAACACAUGAUCGUGAUAACGGUCAUGAUGAUGAUGAUUGUUAUGAUGAAGCAACUGCGCGAGCUAAAUAUGCUAAACUUCGUAACGAUGUGUUCCACAGACUGUUGUACAAUGAAUUGGCUCCUGAAGAUGACAAUAUUAAGCAAGUGGAACCUCUACAUGAACACGAGACGGCAUCACUCUUCGACGAUUGUUUCCAACAUAACGGAGGGAAUGCGAGUUCCUCGACGGCUGAUCUGAUUGAUUUUCAAGAGGCAAACGUUAAGAAGACUGAGAUGGGUGCGAUUCCGAAGCCGUUCAAUGUCGAUAAUACAAAAGAGGAAAAAGACGAAUGUGUCGCGAACACUUCGAGCGUGUUUGGCGAACGACAUACCGAUAGACUUCUGGAAAUAUUGAAGAAUAAAUCGGGUGUCAAGAAAGUGCAGGAUAUGGAGAACACUAUAAAGAUUCAGCAAAACUAUAAAAAUUCUGGUGAGAAGGAAUCGGAUGACAUCUUUGACCAAAUCGAUGAACGAUUAGUUCAUUUGAAAAACGUCGCCAAGGAGAGCGCGCGACUAGUUGAACAAUUGGAAGAGCUAAAACUUCAAGGACAGAUGGGUUUGAUGAAGGCACGUAGAUAUGAUACGCGUACCACAAUCUUCUCGCCGGAGGGGAGGCUCUACCAGGUCGAGUACGCCAUGGAGGCUAUAAGCCACGCCGGCACUUGCCUGGGUAUACUAGCGAACAACGGUAUUCUGUUGGCGGCGGAGAAGCGUAACACCAACAAGCUGCUGGACGAGGUGUUCUUCUCCGAGAAGAUCUACAAGCUGAACGACGACAUAGUCUGCUCGGUGGCCGGCAUAACCUCGGACGCGAAUGUCCUGACGAACGAGCUGCGCCUCAUCGCGCAGAGAUACUACCUGCAGUACGGCGAGGCCAUACCCUGCGAGCAGCUCGUCUCGUGGCUGUGCGACGUCAAGCAGGCGUACACUCAAUACGGCGGCAAGAGACCCUUCGGCGUGUCCAUCCUGUACAUGGGAUGGGACAAGUACUACGGCUAUCAGUUGUAUCAGUCGGAUCCCAGCGGCAACUACGGCGGCUGGAAGGCGACGUGUAUCGGGAACAAUUCCGCGGCGGCGGUGUCGUCCUUGAAGCAGGAGUAUAAAGAGGGCGAGACCACCCUGAAGGACGCAAUGGCACUCGCUAUCAAAGUGCUCUCUAAAACGCUAGACAUGAACAAACUCUCGGCUGAGAAAGUGGAAAUGGCGAUACUGACGCGCGAAAACGGCAAGACGAAAACGAAAAUACUGCCGGCGAAAGAAGUGGAUGCCUUGAUCGCGGAACACGACCGAUUGGAAGCACUGGCGGAGCAAGCGAAGAAAGAAAAGCAGAAGUCGUAGAGAUUUAUAUUAGAUAAUAAGAAUAUAAUUGUGGCCGUGGUGGCGAAGUUUACUGUAUCAGGAAGAAAUUGAUUUACACGCAACUCUCUCAAGUGUUUAUAAUUAUAUACUAUAAAUUAUUUCCUUGCCGCGGGAGUGAAUCCUUACAAUGGUAGCAUUAUCAUCUUCACUACAAGACAAUGAUUAUAACAGAAUUAAAAGUUUUUCCAUAAACA